AUGGGAAGAGGAAGAACAUUAUUAGGAAAAAGAGCAAGAAGAGAAAAAGAAAAGGCUGAAAGAUUGCCUGAUGGAAUAAGAAGAGGUAGACCAAGAAACAAUGAGGGAGACAGUGGAAGUGAAUAUUAUGAGCCAGAUUACAAUGAAAAUGGAGUAGAUUUUAUGAACGAAGUAAUUAUGAAUGGCCUCAAGCAGUAGACUUACAAGGAAAUGUUUAAGUAAAGGAUUUAAGAUGGGCCAAAAUAGAAAAAGGACUAUGAAGGGAUGAUUUCUAACUCUGUAGAGGAGAAAACUGAGACUAAAAGUACAGUUAAACCCAAAUCUAAAGUGAAAAUAGUUGAUCCUAAUGUACUAAGUGAUGAAGAUGAAAAAUUCGAGUUCAAGAGUCCCCCUAGCUAACAAGCAUUCAAAGGAGAUAAAUUGACAUAAGAUGAUAAUUUGACAUUUGCGGAUAUUAAAAAGCCUGUAAAGAUCCCAUCACAUCAAGUUAAGAUCAAUCCCUCUAUUUUGAAGAGCUCGGUUAAGACGAAUCCUUAAAAAUAAGUUCAUUUUAGUAACAGCGUUAAUACUAAUAAUUCAAAAUUCAGCUAAGUAUAGUUCAAAAGUAAGUUUGAAUCUGAUGAAAAAGAAAAAGACUUAGAUCCUUUCAAGGAUAGACUUAAAGCAUAAUUUGGUACCAUAUUUGAAGAUAAUGAUUCAGUAUCAAAUUGUGACAACUCUGAAAGUAGUAGCAGUCAAUAGUCAAAUGUAUCAAGUUCUAGCUCCUCAGACAACAGUAAACGUAAAAAUGGCAAAAAGAAAGGAGGAAACAAUAGUUCCUAAGAUAAGGUUACUAAAGACUAUAAGAUACUGAUCAUGAAGGCAGGCAAAUCAUUAAACUAUUCAAAAGACUCUAAGUCAAUUAGUAAAGAUACUGUUAGGCAUUAUAUUUCUAAAGCUAUGGGAUAUUAUAGGUUAUACAUGCUUAUAGCCGAUUGCCAUAUUGAUUUAUGCCCAAGAUAGUAUGAGCAUGAUAUGAAAGGCAAGCAUCUGGCAAAAGCUUGCGAAUGUCUAAAGAGUGCUCUUGAUUUGAGCAAUGAGUUUGAUAAAAUAAUUAUAAAUGAGAUGCAGUAAAAAGUAACACAAUUAGUCUAAAAGCAGUUAAUAGAUAAAAUUGAAGAUUCAGAGUUUUUAUGCACACUUUUUGAGAUGAUAUUCUCAAAUAUUCAUAAGAAGCUAGUUAGACUAACAAAUUUUGUAGGAUCAGAACUCUACUCUGUAUACUACAAGAUUGCCAGUGAAAUUGCUGAUUGUCGUGGUGAUCUUGAAAAUGCCUAAAGGUAUUUGGAGUAGUGUAAAUCAAUAAGUUAAACAAUUGGAAUUUAAGAUAAUUAGAUCAUUGAAUUGAAACUUGAGGAGAUAUCUAAAAUGAAAAGACGCAAAGCUAAGGAAAGAGAUGUAGUUGAAGCAAAGAAUUGUGCCUAGCUAGGAAACAUCUACGCAUAAGGUGGUAAAAUCAAAGAAGCUAUGGAGCAGUAUCGACUUUCACUUAAAAUUUGCCAUGAUAGAGAUCCUGAAACUGAGUCAAUCUGCCACUUCAAGCUAGGAAGAAUAAUCCUGCAUAAUGGGCAUACCUAAAAGGACCUUGACUAAGCUAAAAGUCAUUUUAUAAACUUUCAAGUAUAAGCAUAAAUGAUUAAGGAUAAAAGUGAGAGCAUUCAGAAAAAAUGUCUUGAAGCAAAAUAAAUGUUAGAUCAAAUUUAACAAAUAAUCAAAUCAAGGAAUCCUUAGUCACAAUAAUAAUAAUAAUAAUAAAGCAAAGAAUCAAAUGGUAAGUGUAAAGUUUAAGAAAAUGUAAAAAAUGGGGGAGAAAAAAAAUAAUAAACAUUUAAAAAGACUUGGAUCUAGAAAUUUGACUAUAAAAAGAUUUUAGUUGAUUUAGAAGAUCAAGCUAAAAAGACAAUUUUCGAGUUUCUAAAAUUCAUAAAAAAUACCUUUAAGGAUAAAGUUGGUGAUAUCGAGUUAGUGUAGAAGUAUGUCGAGCCUACAAAAGUUAGAAAGCAGAUUCUAAAAUUUAUCCAAAUAUUUCACCCAGAUAAGUAAGCAUCAGAGGAGUAGGAAUUCCAGAGUGUAGCAGAAGAAAUAACAAAGCAUUUGAAUGCACAAUUGAAAUUUUAUUGA